UUACGGUUGAUUGCUCUUCCUUAUGAACGCGAUGUUAUUGGUGGUGUUAAGUUAAAACAAGAUGACAGGUGCUUUCCUAACGUGUGUAAUGAACACGUCUACCUUGUUGAAUUUUUUUGCCGGAUCGUUUAUAAGGGAAGUCAUCCUCUUUUGGAUCGUCAUACUACGUACGUUCCUCUCAUCGGUUAAGGAUAACUACCGUGUAUCUUCAACAUGUCCACAUAUCGAUUCAACGUCUUUGCGACGUUUGUGCUCGUCGUUACAUCUUUCUUAAUAAAAUUAGGAAAUACUCAAUACUCGUACCAAGAUAAGCGACAAUCGAUGACAUUGCACAAGUAUUGCGGAAAAAAUUUAUCUAAUGCACUAGGAUUGCUUUGCGACGGAGUUUAUAAUUCUAUGUUUAAAAAGAGCGGGCAGGAGAUGGAAAUAGACGAUUAUCCAUUCGGUUUCGAUGAUUCGUAUCCAUUUAGAUCGGCAGUUACAGCAAACGCCAUGAUGGGUCGUUUUGCUGGUAGACGUUUCCGAAGGGAAUCUAGGGGUGUUUAUGACGAGUGCUGUGUGAAACCAUGCUCGAUUCAAGAAUUAACUAGUUAUUGCGGUAGUGUUACACAAUAAUUACUGACGAUUAGUAAGAUCGAUUUUUGCUGUACCGUUUCUAUCUUCGUCUACUACCAUAAAUGUGAUAAAACCGAUGAUUGGUAUACAUGAGCUCUCUGCUUAACAAUUCUUCAUUUCUGUAAUACCAUAACGUGAUAAAAAACGAUUAAUGUAUA